UUCCCUCUCAAACGAAUCACUUCCUACAUUAUAGCCAAAAUUUCAUCCCUCUUCUCUCCCCAAAACACACACACACACACACACACACACCUGACAGUUCUUCUCCCGUACUUCUCAGCUCCGUCACAUCCUCUUUUCCCAAUGCGUUUCUUUCCUUCUCAACUUUCCAACAAAUCAAUUUAGAAAACACACACACACACACACCACAUGUUAUGUAUCUAUAGAGAGAGAGACAGAGAGAGAAAUGGAAAUCAAGAAGCUACUUCGCAUUAUGGAAAUCUUCCUGUUACUGGUUUUCCUGACAUGGGCGUCCGCCCGCCUGCCGUUCGCACUCAGAAUCUCGGCCGAGUACCUCCGGCAGCUCGCAAGGGUCGUCGUUAGUCCGCUCUUCAUUUUCCUCCUCAGCAACGUCAUAGUCCUAACCCUCUUCUUCAAGUCCCCCGGCGAUCUGAUCUUCCCACCGCAGACUACUUCUCAAAAUGUAACCGAGUCCCACAUGGAAUAUUUCUGCCCAGAGUUCAUCAAAGACGCCGGCAGAAGCUCCCCUCCCGCUGCGGAGGAUAUUGUAAUGUUCCAAGACAAGCAAACUGUUUUCGAAGUGACAAAAGUCAAAGUUCAUAGGAGGAGCCAGUCGUCGGAGACGAUGAGUACUUCGAAGCAGGAUUAUAAUAACCCAUGUAGUAGUUGCGGGAAGCAGCUGCGGCGGUCGGAGACGGAGAGGCGGCUGAGAGUGGAGGAGGUGGCGGCGGAGAGAGCAGAGGUGGUGGAUGAACUGAGCAACGAGGAGUUCCAGAGAGCCAUAGAAGCAUUCAUUGCUAAGCAAAUCAAGUUUCAUGAAGAAGAAAAGCUGGCGAUUGUGCUUCAUCAUGGUUGAACAAUUAUGUGUAAUUAUUAAUUAAUGCAGAUCAGUUUUUAGUGAUCAUAAUUCUAUAAAAUACUUUAUCAAGAAAUUGAAUUUUUCCAUAUAUAAAAUUACUCAUAUAAACA